UCUAGGAGCUUUUGCUUCAGCCAGAUAGCUAUGUCAAGUAGCGCUUCCUUGAUCCCUUACACCUAGCUUCUUUUGACCCGCAUCGUACAGGCAGCGUGCUAGCCACCGGGCGGCCAUGGCGUCGCACGCGGAGGACCAAUUGUCGGCUCUGUCGAUCGAGUCGGGCGAGAAGAUCAUCGUCGCAAUCGAGGACGAGUGGAACGUGUGGCCGUCGGUGCGGCAGAGCUUCGAGGCGCGGCUGCCGCUGAAGAAGGUGCAGGUGCACAACCGCGCGCGCAAGCCCGUCGAGCUGGACCGCCUGCCGCUCGAGUACGUCCUCACGUCCGAGCCCAAGCUGCGCAGCCGGCCGCCCGUGAAGAACAACCCGCACUGGUUCCGCCACCCCUUCGCCACGCUCAUCCUGCUCGCCUGCCAUGACCCCGACGAGUACCGAGUGAGUCUGCGCGCGCGGCUGCAGGCGCUGGUGAAGGCGGAGCAGGGCGAGUGGCUCAUUGUGCACGUCAUGCGCGCGGGGCCCAACGACCCCGCGGGCAAGCAGGCGCGCAAGGUGUUUGCGCGCAUAGAGGACCACUUCCGCCGCGACAGGUGCGUGCGGGUGGAGGUGAGUGCGGCAGAGCCCAACUACGCGGAGGUGGAGGCGAAGGUGGUGGAGUGCAUCCGCACCACGCUGGACGCGCGCAUGGUGCACUACUCCGACGCCGCCACGCGCCUGCUGGACCAGCGCCACUCACCGCACUGGAACUUCUGCGCCUACUACACUGACAAGGAGAGUCUGGCGCUGAUGUCAGAGAUGGCGCAGUUGAGGGACGAUGCGCUGAGGGACUAUGAUGAGAUCGAGCAGGUGUACCUGGAAGCAGUGCGGCGGGGCGACAGCAAGGUGCGCGAGUUUGGGGGCCUGGAUGUGGGCGAUGAGAGGGCGGCGCUGCUGGAUGCGGGGCGCAAGCCAAUGAAGAUGUUUGCGCACGAGGAGACCAUCAAGCAGUUCGACUUCCGCCAGUACCUCUUCGCCCGCAGAGCCGCUCUGCUGUUCGCCAUGGGGCGGCCGGCAGUCGUGGCGGACAGGGCGUACGCGUUCAUCCUCGACUUCUCCAAGGAGCUCGCCGCCAGACAGCGCGAGCUGCCGUUCUGCAUGCGCGAGGUGUGGGUGCUGUCGGCGUGCACGCUGGUGACGACAGUGUGUGCGGAGCGCUUUGCGCCGCGGUCGCCGGGGCACUACACGGAGAAGGACUUCUUCCGCCUGCAGGCCGACCUCAUCUCCCUCGCCCGCGCCAAGUUGAUGCGCCUGGGCGACCUCGUGGGCUUUGGCAAGUCCAUCCGUGUCACGCCCUGCAACAUGGCGGCUCUGGGUCUGUGUGCAUGGCCUGCGCCAGCUGUGUGGCCCUCUGCGCCCUCUGAUUCCGACCCGCGCGUCAAGGCCCGCCAGGCAGUCAUUCAGGAGGUGCAGGGGGCGGGGUCUGCGGCUGUGCCACGCGGUGAGGCACGGCUGUGUGGGUUGGGGCCGUGCAGCCUGGUGCAGGAGGCGAACCGCCGCAAGGCAUCUCUCACUGCGGGCAUGCCAGGGGGGCUCUGGCCCGACGCCUCCCCCUCCCGCCCCAACGACUCCAGGCCUGACGGCAGCACCCCUCCGAAGCAGCGGCCGGGCAGUCCCUCAUCGGGGCCGGGGGCGAAGAUGUUGUCGCUGGCGCAGGUGCAGGUGGCGGCGGCCAGCGCGCUGGAGGCAUUCGUCACGUCGGGCAUGCUCAAGCGCGCGCUGUCGUCCCGAGAGCACUUCGAGGACUUUUAUCUGGAGUUGACGCGGUCGGCGGCGGACUGCUAUGCGCGCUCGCUGUGGCUGCGGCACGCCGUGGCGCUGGACGCGGAGGUGGGCAGUCUGCACGAGGCGGGGGGGCGCUUUGACCUGGCGCUCAAGGUGUACGAGAAGCAGAACGCCGCGUACAGUGCGGCGCGCUGGCACCACCUGCUGCUGGACCUCUUCCCGCGCCUCUCGCACUGCCAGCUGCUCAUGCGCGACCUGCCCGCCUUCCUUGGCUCCUGCACCAAGCUGCUCUCGCUGGGGCCCGCCCUCGUGCCCUUGGACGAGCGCAGCACGGUGCAGCGCCAGAUGGUGGAGGUGGCGCGGUCGCGCCUGGAAGAGCCCGUGUCCGUGGAUGUCUCCUCCCUCCUCUCCUUCGCCCUCGCCCCCCACACGCCCACACCCUCUGCCACGGCUGCUGCCUCUCCCUCUGUGUCUGCGGCUGCACCAAUGUGCCCCGCAGGCAGAGCGGGCAGCCGGCCGUUGGAGCUGGGCGAGGGGGACGUGGUGUCGCUGUCCCUGGCCGUGUGGAGCUCCCUGCCCGCCCCCCUGGCGCUGGACUCGCUGGUGCUGUCCCUUGUGACGCCGCCUCUCUUCACUGCGGAAGAUGGCAUCAGGAUGAAGAGUGAGCCAGCGCCGGUGGUGCUGCAGCCGGGCGGCAACACGGUGCAGGUGGUGGCGGUGGCGAAGCGGCAGGGCGUGUACGUGCUGGGCAUGCUGAUGGCGCACUGUGGGCGCGUGCGCUUCCGCUCCAGCUCCGCCACCAUCAAGGGCGGCCCGCCCGAGGCCGAGGACUACCUCACGUCCGAGCGCACUCUGCGCACCGUGCUCAAGGUGUCGCCAUCGCGGCACCUCUUGGACAUGGCGCCAGUGGUGGAUCAGCCGUUGCUGCUGGGGGAGCCGCAGUGGUUGGGUCUGCUGCUGCACCCGCUCUCCUACUCCCUCGCCGGCUCGCUGCUCAGGCUCGCAGGGGGCCCCGGCCUGCUGCUGCCGCCUAACCAGACGGUGGAGUGCCAGCGCCUGCCGCCUGCCUGCCCCUCUGCGCUGCGGCAGCCAGGCAAGGACAAGGCGGGCAGUGGAGAGGGGCCAGAGGGUGGCAGCGAGGCUGUUCCCAUGGUGGCGGGCUCCCUGCACCUGCCCUCCUGGUGCGCCGACUGCCCCACUGUCGUCUGGGUGCAGGCCUGCGCCUAUCGCGACCGCUCCCCUGUGCCGCUGCUCGUUCCUGCUGCCUCCUCGCCUUCCUCCUCCCCCACCCAUUCCCAGCAGCAGCAGCAGGCAGGUGGCGGUGACGGAGCAUCGUCGUCGCCUUCCUUGUCAUCCACGGACUGGGGCAGCAGCGCGGGCAGCGUGAGCAGCAGGGGCGGCAGUCCAUCAGGGGACAGCGCGUCCCAGCACUCCACAGCAACAGCCAGGGGCGGCUGGGCAGCAGGGGGGGAAGGGGCGACGAGGGGGCAGGCAGGGGUGGGGUCAGUGCCGGCAGUGCGUGUGGUGCGGUGUGUGGUGGAGUACGGCACGCCUCGCACACGCGUCUUUGAGAAGGUGCUGACAUUCCAGUUCGUGGAGCCCUUUCACGUGUCCACCAGAGUCGUCAGCAGAGGGGCCGAUGGUGCUAGAAUGCUGCUGCAGAUGUCGUUGCACUCCAACCUGCGCUGCACGCUGCGCGUUGCCUCCGCCUCGCUGCGCCUGCAGCCCGGCUUCGCCCUGCUCUCCACCGCUGCUGCUGCCGCCUUCGCCACAUGCCCUGCGGGACCAUCUGCCGUGAGCCCCGUGGCUGCUGCUCCGCUACUGGACGUUGGGCCUCUGCUCUCAGGCACCCUCCUCUUCACGCUCUCGCUGCGGCCACCAGGGGAAGCUCCCAGUGCUGCCAACAAGACGUCACAACGAACAGCAGCCCGUGCCCACCCUGCAUCGCAGCAGCAGGCAGCCGAGGGGCAGGGGGAGGGGGAGGAGGGCAGGUGGGAGGGGGGCGUGGAGGGGGUGAGUGAGCUGCGCGUGCAGUACGAGGUGGUGGGGGAGCGCCUGCACGGUGCGCAUGCGCCUGUCAGCACGCCGCUGUGGGCCAGGACCAGAGGGGGCGAGGGGGCGCCCAUGGGGGCAGGUGGUGCGGACGAUGUGGGUGGGGGGCGCAGAGGAGAGCAGGGAGGGCAGGCGGCGGUGAAGGGUGAGGAGGGCAGGGGCGUGAGUGGGGGUGUGGUGCCUGUGUACCGCCAUGCUGUGGUGCUGCAGAUGCCUGUCACGGACCGCGUGCUCGCAGUGGGGCUGCUCACUCCAGCCAGCGCUGUGAGCAUCGCCCCGCGUGUGGGGUGUGUGUUGGUGCUGGAGUGGCGCAUUGAGCGACUCAUUGACGGCCUCCUGCUGCCACACGCCCACCAUGCUCCCUUGCACCUGGGGGAGGGCGAGGAGGUGGAGUUUGAGGUGCGGGUGAGUGGGGACGACUGGAUGAUAGCGGGGCGGCGCAAGGGCUUUGUGCGGCUGCCCAUGGGGCGCGGGGCGAAGCACGUGCUGUCGCUGCACUGCCUGCCGGUGAAGUCGGGGUUUGUGCGGCCGCCCGUGCUACGCCUGCCGCAGAUCAACCCCGACACCAUCAGCCACUCCCCUGCCGGCCCCCACCUGCUGCGAGUGCUGCCCCAAGAACCCUGUGCCUCCUUCUGCGUCUCCAAACGCGUCUGAUGAACAUCGCUGAGAGGCAACCCCACCCACGCACUUCCCGUUCCCUCUCGCAAUGAAAGGCCAACCCCCACCCUAGUGCUGUAAAAAAACCAAUGGACUCAAUAUGCCACCAUUCUUUCUGAUUACACGCGUGUUGAUCAUUGACUUCCUAACGGCACACGGUAUGUGUAAACGAACCUACAUCAAUGUGAAACAGUU